AUAUAAAUUAUCAACAAGGAAGAAGAAAACUGACAUUUCUGUCCUAUGUUAGAAGGCGGAUAAAUGACUCUCUUUGUAACUCAAAUGCACGUUUUCACAUUUUGUUUGGCUGUUACUUCCUGAAAAAAGUAAACUAAAUACAAGGAAGUACAUUUGUAUCAUAGGCGUAUGGGAUAAUUAUAAUUAGUUCAACACCGAAGUCUAUAAUAUUUUACGUGUCAUGAAAAUUGCUUUAAGAUUAAUGUGACGAAUAAUGAUUUUAAGUAUUAAAAGGCAUGUGAACUGACACUUAGGACUAUUUCGGGAAAUCAGUUAUACUUACGGUAAUUUUACACUUUGGACAUGAGUGUUACCGCUGACGUCAUGAACUGGUCGAGCGCCACCUACAGACUCGAUGAACUAGAGCGAAAGUUCACAUUUCCGUGCGUCGUGCGACUCGCCGAAGGCUUUUGCUCGGACAGUGAAUCGGAAGGGUUCUCUAAAGAUGACAUCAUCGGAAUAGACAGCAAGUUGGUCUUACACAAAGUGGCGGCACACUUUACGAACAGGCAAUCAGGCAUACGACCGACUAAAGGCGAGUAUGAUUUCGGGUAUGAGCGCUUAAGCGAAGAGAUUUUGGUCCCCUUGAAUUACAAGGGAAAGGCGAAAGUCCAGACAUGCACUGGUAAGACGUAUACGACAGUAAAAGGUCUCAUUGCCGACUUUCCGCGCUUUGCAAAGAUCUGCAGGACACUGAAAGCAAACUCGGCUGACGAUCAGCCAAUGGACUUACCCGGAGGAACAAAAAUUGAACUGGACCGUAUCUUACCAGGCAGAGGCACAACACCAGACGUUUUGUGCAUUAAAUUUAACGUUUCCGGUAAACCGACGUACGCCAAGGUGGCCGUUACUGAACGCGCUUGGAUCCGAUGCGAGUCGGAUGAGACUGAGUAUACGAUAAAAGAAGUCAUUGACAGAUUCAAAAUGCCGCAAAUUGUGAAAUUCGUUGACGAUGAUAUUCGCAAGGUUUACACACAAGACUUGGUGGAGGGCAUUGAAAACAUGCGGACAAUCACAGAAACGCUUCAACUGAAUCGACUGGUGACCCAAAAUGUCCUCGUUGGUCACUACAAGGCCGUAGAAGGGAUGGAGACAGUCGACACAGACAGUUAUAGAAAGCGUACACUGGUAGUCCUGCCAUUGGACCAUCCGGAAAUCCGUGACAUUGAGGUCAACGUUUUGGAGGACGAUGGCGAUAUUUCAGAAAUCUAUGAGAAAGUGUUUAAUGUUUCGAACAUCUCGAGUUCCCACGAAGUUGUGGAUACAAUAUACGUCGAGUUCUAUAAUAAUACUCCUUCUCCAAAAAUGUUCAACCUUGAUAAGCCCGUUACAGCACAUCACAAGCCAACCGUACCAGAAGAAGAGCCGCCAAGGCCGCCGCCGCGACCCGGAAAACCUGGUCUCUCGCCAGGCGCUCAUUUACCCUCAGUCCCGGCAGUGUCACCAAAACCAAAACCAAUCGCUAAACCAAACAAACCUGUUGGCACCUCUAGACAGAAGGGCGCUCCACCAGCAGUUCUACCAAAACCAAACCCAAUCGAAACAACACGCCAACCAUCGGACGCCUCUUCACAAAAGGGUGCGCCUCUAGAAGCACAACCAAAAGCCAAACGUGUUGAAAAACGAGCUAUCCAUCCCCCAGUUGUUGAGGACGACCGACCACCCGCGUUGCCAUCCAGGAAUCCACAGAAACCUAAAGCUCCUGAUAAAUCUGCAGAAGUAACACAUACUUACUACAACCCUCCGCGACAGAUAGUCCAUGCAAGUGCCCCUGUUAGUGCGGAUGACUACGAAAUACCGGAGGAACCGAAACAUGCUCAAAACUGGUCAAAGGGGCAGCCUGGGCAAGUGGUAUCGCCCACUGGUUUUGGCGACCUUGCCUCCGUGUAUCCUUUAUCUAGUGCUGACUUUUCUUUGAAAGAAGUAAAAGAGAAACAGCACAAAGGGAUAUUCACGCAAGACACACAUUUUGUGAGAAAAAAAGAAACAUCCCCAGUCAAGCCAAUGAAAGCCAACGAAACACCUGAUAAUCGCCAAGACUAUGAUGACGACAGCAUACAUUAUGACGAGGUUAAAGAAGAGGACAUGCUAGACCCAAGGACGGGCAUGAAAAAGGGCGCCGCAAAGGUUGCUGCGAAUACGGCGAUUGUCAAACCGAUGACAUCGAAGGGUUCAAUGGCGCAGAGUAGCCAAUCCAAAGUAAAGCCGUUCAUCGAGCUUAACUGCUGCGAACUCGUUGACAGAUUGAAUCUGUGUAAGAUGAAUGACUUGGCGAAGGUCUGUGAGGAAAGCCGAUUAGACGGCGGGUUCUUUAAGUCUGUUACUUCUAGCGAUCUGGAAUCUGCGCUUCAUUUGCAGAAAGUAGAUUUGCUGAAACUUUUGCAAAUGAGGGACGAAAAUUGGAUUCCCAUUGACUGAAAUAAGUGUUGUGAAACUUUGAGUACAGUCAAAUUUUAGAGUCGGUAUUGAUUAGCUACAAGUCUAUGUACCGCUUUUUAUUAUCCAGACAUAAAACAGUGAGCAUAGAAUUGAUUCGUAAAAAGACUUAAUGUAGCGCAUAUACAAAUUAUUAGUAUCCCAUAAUUUGAUACUUUGAUUAAAUCAACUAAUUAGGUAAUUUCUUUGUUGAACCGCGGCCCAUAUAUGUUUUCAAUUAUUGAACAUUGCAUCAUUUAAUCUUUUUUUCAAUCGAUACAUUGAUUUUGCUGUGGAUGUGGGUUUUAAGCUGUUUUCAAAGAUCUAACCGUGAACUGAUGUUGCAUUAUUUUGCGUAACAAAGGGAAACCAGUCACAGUCGUUCUAUAUGGUUUAUAAUUGAAAAACAUGUUUUCUAUUUAAUACCAUAUCGACAUUCAUAAAAUAGUGAUCUAUUGAUGAUGAGUUACUUUGAAAUGUUUUAAAGAAAACAAUAUUUUUUUAAAGAAAACACAUUGGUUAAUUCAAUUUGGUGUGAACUCAUCGUUAUUAAAUAUUGGCUAUGA